CCCCUCAGGCCCCGCCGCCAUCUUGGCCAUCCCUAUGGGCGCCACUUCCGGCGUCGCUACCGUUGCGUCACUUCCGGUUCCGGCGGCGGCGCUGAGGGCGCUCGGGAGGUUUCCCAGGAUGAUCGAGGUUGUCUGUAACGACCGCCUGGGGAAGAAGGUUCGGGUCAAGUGCAACCCCGAGGAUUCCAUCCGGGACCUGAAGAAGUUGAUCGCGGCACAGACGGGCACCCGCUGGGACAAGAUCGUCCUCAAGAAAUGGUACACCAUCUUCAAGGACCACGUGACCCUCGGGGACUAUGAGAUCCACGACGGGAUGAACCUGGAGCUCUACUACCAGUAGCAGCUCCCAGUCCCUCCCAGUCCCUCCCAGUCCCUCCCAGUCCCUCCCAGUCCACAAUGGGGUGAACCUGGAGCUCUGGCACUGCCCAGUCCCUCCCAGUCUCUCCCAGUACCCCCCAGUCCCUCCCAGUCCAAUACGGGAUGAACCUGGAGCUCUGGCACCUCCCAGUGCCCCCCCAGUGCCUCCCAAUCCCUCCCAGUCCCAUUCCUGCCGGCGCCACCAUUCCCGUUCCAGCCGUUUGUACCAAUAAAGGUGUUUUUGGGGUC